AUGGCCCAACGCUUGUUCGCCCGCCGGUAUUGGCGCGAGCUCAGCCUGGCACCGCAUGCAGUGCUCACACUUCCAGAGAGUCAGCAAUUCCCGAUUCGCCGCUGCCCCCACUGCCCCCCGAUGCCCCCCGGCAAGCGCCGGCUAAUAAGCGCCCACAUGUCCGGUACCCCCGCGCGCGAUCGAGUUGUUCACCUCCCGAGUAGAAGACCGUCCCUCCAAUGUUCAUCUCCCCUGGUGCCUACAACAGCCGCUACCAUGCCCGGAGUACAAGCCGGCUCACCCCAUAUGCGGUACGAGUUUGUAGCUACGCCCUACUCCACGCCCUCCACCGGGGUCUCCCAGAUGCAGAGCAACACCUGCGCCGAACCCGGUUGUAGGUCAGGCCAGAAGCUCGCUAGUAAAUGCACCCGGCAGCGGUGCAAGAAGCACUGCCUUGACCGACCUACGCCAUGCGGGUUUCGGGCACACGACCAGGAACGCAAAGCUCUGGCGAUGCACCCGACUCCCCCUGCCUCCGACAUGUUCUCUCUCUCUCACCCUGAGCCAGCAACCCCGUCCAUACCAGCGCCAUCUGGUGGCGGCGCACCAGGAGACCCACAACCUCCCACUACCGGUCCGGCGGACAUCGCGCGCGUUCACCGCGCAGUCAUGCCGGACGAACUCAAGGCGGACUGGGACGCCGCGAUGAGAAGGCAGACUCAGAAGAACCACGCAGAGGCUGAGCGCCGCGAGAACAUGCUGAUGGUCGAGCAUACGUUCUACAUUGAUGCAUGGGUGGUUGAUGGCUCCGUAUCAACUCAGAUACAGGUCCAAGGACCGCCAUCGUGGCCGACUAUCGAGCUCGCGAAGCUGUCUCAUGUAAUGCAAGACCUCGGCCUGGUCGACGAGCGGGCCGUCCAACAAUUUAACCUCGCGACGCGCUCGUGGGUUAACCUGCAGCUCACCUACAAGAUCAAGGUGCGCUCCCAAGAGCACGUCCUCAUUCGCCGUAUCGGUGUCAUAAACUGCGUCGACCUCGACGAUGUGUGUCUGCGCGCGUCGGGCAUACGAGGCCGCCUGAACGGGCUUGGGAACCCUCAACGCAUGGUGGCCCCGCUCACGGCGCCUGCGUGUCACCCGACACAGUCGUACUAUGUGCCCCGUCUAGGUGUCUCGUCCGUCCCUUACGCUGGGGCGAUCUCUCCCGGUGCCUGGCUAGAUCCUCGGCUUACGACGCACACGGCUCUGACUCAGCUUCCCUCUGUGGCGACCCCUCCUACGCUGCCUAGUACGGACUCGUUGAUGUCUUUGGUGACGUCUGCUACGUCGGCUAUGUCUCUCACCUCGGAUGGUCUCAUGUCUUCGCGCUCAUCAGCGCAGUCGAUGAUGUCUACACACGUAGGCGAUCUAGGCGGCUCUGGGCUACCAUACGACCCUCCGCGCACAUCUGAACUGCCGCCAGCCCCCGCUCAGCCAACUGUCCCAUACGGUGCAACGCCCGCUCUCAUGCUAACACCACCGGCUCCCCUGUACCACGUCUACCCUCUCGACACGCCCGCGGCCGCCACACCUGUCUAUGCCGAGCCGCGUCACCCCGCGCGUGCAAAACUCCGGCGCCCGGAACUACCGAAGCUUGCUCUUGACGAUCUCGACCAGCACUGGGAGCACAAACUCGUCUACGCCCCGCGCACUACACAAGCAUGGCCCGCAGGCUUCUACGCGCGCGACGUCGCGAAGGCGUUCACAUUCAUUGGCGACGAUGGCGAUGACUUCGGCGGUGAGGAUCCAGAGCAGAAGAUCACGCUGGGCGAGCGGUUCGAGUACGUCUUCGGGAGGCAGUUCAAAUCCACGACCUAUCAACGAUCACGCCGUGCUUGGGUCAACUCGUCGCAGGCGCAGCGCGAACACGUCGCAAACAUGCCUCGGACGAAGAACACCACCUGGACGCAGGCACGCAAACAGCUCGACGGCUGGAACAGGGAGAAUGGGCAUAAGAGAGGGCAGGGCAAACACGCCGGAGAGGAUGAGGAGUUGGUGAAGGUGAUGUACCUGCGCGCGGAGCCACAGAAGUCCUUGACUGCCCAGGGCAGUGGUAUCACCGCCACCCUCUCGAUGCUCACCGCCACCCUCUCGAUGCUCACCGCCACCCUUCCGAUGUCCCCCAGGCCAACCACCACCACCUUCUGUGAAGGCUCAGGCGACGAUGAGGAUGAUGGCGACAACCUCGACUACCUCGACGACGCUGAUGAACGCUGGGGCCCCAUCACACGACAAGAAUGGCGCUGUCCCCACUGCGGACGCAAACUCAGCAUUCGCCAAUGCCUCGAUCCGAGCAAGGCAAACUACCUACGGCUGUUUGUAGCAGUAAUGCGAGGGCUGCCGUUCGCACCCCCAUACAACCUACUAUCGAUAUUGCAACCAUCCACGAGAGACAGGCGCAGGGGCCCCUCGCGCAGCAGGCGCUCCACCCCAUCGCGCGGCAAGUGCACCAGCAGCCCCAGCGCGACGCGGGGCUACGCGUUCAACAUCUCCGGUCGAACUGGGCUCGCAACUGUAUUGUCCGAUCUGCGGGACCUCACGCGUCGCAGGACGCUGCGGUCGUGCCUCGUGUCCGAGAACGAUCUCCACAUCCUCGGAGUCCAACCUACCGGUUCAGCAUCGGAGUCUCCCCCGCCUCAUGCAUCCCCAGUGCCUGCUCACGCACCACCAGCGCGCACAAACGCGAAGCGUCCCGCGCGCACAAACGCGAAGCGUCCCGCGCGCUCAAACGCGAAGCGUCCCGCACGCUACCAAUCCCCCGAAGAGCCCCCAGCCUCGGCGCGCGCGAAGGGGAAGCGUCCCGCACGCGACCAACCUCCUGCGCAACCUAUUCCCGAAGAGCCCCCAGUCUCGGCGCGCGCGAGGAUGAAGCGUCCGGCGCGCGAUCAGUCCCCCGACUCCGGGCGGGCUCGGAAGGCAGCUCGCACUACUCUGACACCCCCUCCGCCCUGUUCACGCUACGAUGACGAUAUGGAUGCGGCGAUCCAAGCGUCGCUGGCCGACAGGGUGUCUCACGCGUCCGCAUCGUUCACAUCUACCUCGCGUGGUGCCGGUCCUUCUGUCCGGCGCGGGGUGGUCCCUACCAUCUCGCGCGGCGCUGGUACCUCGCCCUCAUGGUCGCGCGGCCCUCCGCCCUCCCCUUCUGUCUGGCACGGAGUUGUCCCUCCUGUCUCGCGUGGCGCUGGCCCUUCUGUCUUGCGCGGCGCUGGUCCCCCUUCUGUCUCGUGCGGCGCUGGUCCUUUGUCUACACCUGCUGGGGGCCCCACUGCGUCAGUCUCUGGAACUAUGUCCGCGUCCGCGUCUGGCCCUUUGCGAUCACUAUCAAGCUAUGAAGACGACUUGCAGGCGGCACUUGAGGCGUCUCUCUCCGACGAGUUCUUGCCGCGUUCGAUCCUCCGCUGCAUGGAGCCAGGACACCCGGGCUGCGACAACUGUAUGCACACGGAAGACGACGACGACGACGACUAUCUGGCGGCUCUGGAAGCAUCUCGGACCGAGGCUGCACAUGCUGUGGUGGCCCCGGACGCACACGCUAGUGGAUCACGAGCUAGCAGCCCUUGGGGCAACUUGUCGGACAGCGGACAGUCCGAAUACGAGGCGCUUCGCGACUCCACCCUCGGGAUGCUCGCUGACAUUGAUCGCCUGUCACCCGCACCGCCAUCUGCAGGUAGCCCGUACCUGGACGCCCACGGUCGAGAGAUGCUGGCUGUCGUUCGUACGUCCAUCGCCCAUCUACGCUCCGAAACCCCGGACAGCCUAUUUGAUGAAGACUCCGACGACGAGGAAGCCCCUUCCGACGCCGACGCCACACUGCGGGACGCGCCCGUCCUCACCUUCAGCGGCAGUGAGUCCGACUCCCCACAGCCUAACCAACCAUCUCCGCCCCGCAUCAAGAUCGAGCAAGUCGAUAUCGAUCUCACCCUCGACGACUCGGACGACGACGAUGCGGUUCCCGCACCCCCGCGGGCCCCACCGCGACGGCAAGACACACCGCGACGGCAAGUCAAGGUAGAGCGCGUUGAUAUUGACCUCACACUGGACGAUGAGGAGGAUGCCGUACCUGUGUAG